AUGUCUGUACACACUGUUUUCUGUCUGAUCUCACUCAAUAAGUGCUUUUCUUCCUGAUAUUACUACUUUAUUACACAUAAAAAAAAGAUCCUAGGGCAGGUUACUGCUUAUAGUUACAUCUGGUGUGUGUUAAGCAACUAUAUUAGUUACACCAAUGUUAUACUGAUAUUAGAGGUCAUUUAAAUCGUUUCAUGGCUUGGGAAAAUAUUACAGGAUAUUUGAAAAGCAUGUAGCGAUGACAUGAGGACAUUGCCCUUGCUGACCUUCACUCUUUUCAGACUUAUUAAAUGUGCUGAUGACUUGAGGGAGAUAUGUGUGUGUGUGUGUGGGUGGUGGUGGUGGGGGUUCAUAUAUGUGGGUGGAUCCAUAUCCAUAUCCUCUAAGAGUCUCAGUGUGCCUAUAAUUUAUGAGAUAAGAUCCAGGGAGGGUCCAUACACCACAGGUUGCACUUCAUCAAAUCAUUUUAGAAAUCAACCCACUGGAGAUUCGAGGGUAUGUGUUUUUAGUAUUUUUCUGUGUGACUAUUUUUUUUUAUCAAAUCUGAAAUCUUCUACUAACUCAUUGUGCUUUUCUUUUUUUUUUUCUAACUAGAAAAGGGAAAAUAUGCUAGCACAAAAUCAUUCAGAUGUGCAAUCUCUCCUGCUCUCCUUGCUUCAGCACUAUCUUAAUGAAACCUGGAACUUUCCAACAAAGCCUCUCCCUCCUGCUGUUCACCAGCCAGCUGAGCCUUUCAGCACAAUGCCAGUUAAAGCUCAGAGCCAAGGAUUCAUCUACAUUUUACUGAUGGUUGGGCUCUUCAGCUUUUUCACCUUCGGCAUCAUGUUCAGCUAUAUCCGCUCGAAAAAGCUAGAGAAUUCGCAGGAUCCGUACCACCAGUAUAUAGCCAGAGACUGGGCGAGAGCGCUGGCUCCAUCUGUAGCCAUAACGCAGGCUCUCAAAAAGGAGUCUGUGGUUAUUGAAAACCCUGCAGCCCUGGAGCACCUGCCAGGAUGAAGAGGCAAGAAACUAGGACAGUGAGUGAGUGUGGAUAACUGAUUUAUUUAAAAUUUACAAUUAUCAAAUUACGAU